AUUUCCAUUUAUUAUUUCUACGCAGCAGUGGCAGAGCAGCUGCAGACAAAGCAGCGGUUUCGUACGAGGGAUAGGGAGGGAACAAGUAGCGGGCGAGUUUGAACUAUUGCUCCCCAAAUUCCCAGCUUUUGAUCGCUCUCAGCUCGAGAAUCUGCAUCAGGUUGGGGUACGAUUCUAGCGUCUAGACCUGUUGGGAUGGCAGAAGAUAAACCGCCUCCUGAAGGUAAUACUCGAGUAUAUGUUGAUUCUGAAGAGCAGGACAUGAAACAUAAAAGCGACACAGUGGAAGAUACUACAAUAUUGAAUGGAUCUGGUCCUCUGGAGCCAAAGAAUGUUGUGUCUGACUCUGGAGAUACAGGAAAUAAAGGUGAAGGUAACAAAGAUGAGGAUGGUAAAGAGAUGCAUAUUGAAGAAAAUGGAACUGCAAAAGAAAAUGAUAUUGGAGAGUCAAAAGAAGAUGACACAAUUGAGGAUGCAGGACAUAUGCAAAAAGAAAGUAGUGUAGAAGAAUUGAAAGAAGACAACCCAAUUGGGGAUGCAAAACCUGUGCAAAAAGAAAGUAGUAUAGAAGAAUCAAAAGAAAAUAGCACAAUUGAGGACGCAAGACCUAUGCAAAAAGAAAGUAGUAUAGAAGAAUCAAAAGAGGACAAACCAAUUGAGGAUGCAAAACCUGUGCAAAAAGAAAGUGGUAUAGAAGAAUCAAAAGAAGAUGACCCAAUUGAGGAUGCGAGGCUUGUGCAAAAAGGAAGUACUGUAGAAGAAUCAGAAGAAGACACAAUUGAGGAUGGAAGACCUGUGCGAAAAGAAAUUACUAUAGAAGAGUCGAAAGAUGAUGAUCAGAUUGAGAGUGCAGAUACAACAGCCACAGAAAAUGAUGUACAAGAAACAAAAGAUAAAAAAGAGAUUGAGGAUACAAUUGCUACUGCUGAGGAUAUGGAAAUGGUUGAUGAAGAAGGUGAUCAAGCAAUGGAGCAUGCGACUACUACCACUACACAAACAAAUGAUGUAGAAGAAUCAAAAGAAGACAUAAAGAAUGAGGACCCAAGUACUGCAGAAUCUAAGGAUGGGAAGAAGAUUGAUGUGGAAGGCGAUAACAUAACAGUUGCCAACCACGGAAAAAUAUUCGUUAUGGAAGGUGAUAAGAAAAUCGCAGGUGAGGAUGUGGAAAUGGCAGAUGCAGAGGAUGACAAAAAUGUGGGAGUGGAAAAAGAAGAGAAGGGUGUGGAGCAAGAAGCAAAGCAGGUAGAAUCAAAAAAUUAUAUGGAGGUUGAAGAAAAUGGUAGUACUGACCAGAAGGACAAUGAGGAUAAAGACGCUGUAGGGUUUAAGAGAAAAAGAUCACGGGUAGAGAAAACAGAGAGAAAAGGAAGCGAAAGUGCAACAAAAGCCAUGGAGUUACUAAAUAGUCCUAUUACUUCAUCCAUUGAACGCCCUGUGCGUCAGAGAAAAUCUGUAGAGAGAUUGGUAGAAGUAAUUGAAAAUGAGGCAUUGAGGGAGUUUCAAGUUGAAAAGGGACGUGGCACUCCAUUGAAGGAUAUACCAAGUGUGGCUCACAAACUAGCAAAGAAGAAACCUGAUGAUAUUAAAUUGAUACAUCAUACCCUUUUUGGAAGGAGAGGAAAGGCAGUGAAUUUCAAACAUCAUAUCCUCCAGUUUUCAGGUUUUGUAUGGCAUGAAAGUGAUGAAAAACAGAGAGCUAAAAUGAAGGAGAAACUUGACAAAUAUGUAAAAGAAUCACUGUUGGAUCUAUGCGAUCUGUUUGAUUUACCUGCUUCCAAAGCCAAUUCUAGAAAGGAAGAACUUGUAGAGAAACUGUUGGACUUCUUGGUUGCUCCUUACCCUAAUAUUGAACAAUCAACAAAAUCCAAAAAGCGUGAGAGAGCGGCCAAGGGAAGUUCUUCAAAGAGAAUGGAUGGUGCACAUUCAAAGAGGUCCAGGAAGAAAGCGAACAGAGAUGAUUCCUCUCUGAGUGAGGGUGAUAAAAGCUUACCAGAAAUGAACGAUGAAGAUGAAGUCAAUGAUAACAAUCCUCGUAAAGGCAAAGCAAUUGAGCUUUCUGAGAGUGAAGAUGACGAGAAAGAAACUUAUGAUAUGAUUGAAGAAGAUGAACAUCAAAAAGAGGAUCUAGGAAAGGGUGACACAAAUAAGAAGAGAGUUUCCAAACAGAGGGAAAAGGUUGGGACCGACUCUAAGGUAGAGUCUGUUUCUGCAACUACCAAGGGUUCUACUAAACCAUCAUCUUCCAUACUUGCCAAAACCAAGGAUGGUGAUGAUGAUCUAGGUGCAAAGGUCUUCUCUAGGAAGAAGAAGAUGUCUGAUUCACCCAAGAACAAGUCAACUAUUAGAUCAGCAAAGAACGAAAAGGAUACUGGUAAAAAGGCGGGUAAAGACAAUGUAGCAAAAUCCAAGGUCCAACAGCCUGGUAAGGAGGAACUAAGAAAGAAAGUAUGCGAAAUUUUGAAGGAAGUUGACUUUAAUACGGCAACUUUCACAGACAUUCUGAAGCUGUUAGCUACACAUUACAAAGUGGAUCUGACCUCACGAAAAGCAUCAAUAAAACUCAUAAUCCAAGAGGAGCUGACCAAAUUGGCUGAAGCUGAAGAGGAGGAUGAUGAAGACUAGGAGGCGAAGCAGAAAAGAUGUGUUUUUUAACUAGCAAGUCCACUCAUGUAACGUUCUAAUUUACUUGUAGCCACAAUGUGUUUUUAUUCGUAGGUGUAGAUGUAUCUGUGAUAAUUAUGGGGUUCUGGUUGUAAACUAAACAAUGGAAAUUUUUAUAGUUUCGGUGUAUUUGUUUAGUGUUAAUGGACCAAGUUUAUUUUAUUUCUGACA